AAUCUUGUGUAAACAUAAAUAAGAUACAGAAAUCCCUAGAUAGGACUAAAUCUGGCUGAACUAAACGAAGACACUCUGAUACCUACAAAUGAUAAGAGAAUUGAAUUUUUUAUCAUAUAAUUAACAAAAUAUCAUUUCGAAUCCAGCAAACCUAUAAUAUUUUAAACAUGAAUGGUAUAAUACCUGAAAUGGAACAAAUCAUUAGUCAACUUGAAAGGGGAACUGUAGUAACAAAAUUUUUUUCAAGAAAAAGACCAGAAAAGAAAACUCUUAUGAUAAGAAGAGAAACUAGACAAAUCGUAUGGUCACGGAGUGCAACGUUUAGACCAUUUGAUGGUUCAGGCACACAUUUUGCAUGGUUAUGAAGAUAUAUCUACAGCAAAAAUGGGCAAAAUAUUAUCUGAGGAUACUAUUUAUAGGUCAAAAACCUGAAGGAAAGGUCCUUGUGAAUAAUGUAUAUGGUCGAAAUAAGAGAAAUCAAAGAAAUUAAAGUGGGGAAGCAUUCUAAAGAUUUUGAGAAGUGGCCAGAAGAUGCAAAAAGGAUAGAAAAUCUUAGAUGUUUUGUUGUAUAUUAUGGUUCUGAAUUUCGCCUUAAAACUCUUUCAAUUUCUGCUCUCAGUGAAAAAGAAUGUGAACUUUGGGUAAAAGGAUUACGUCGGUUGGUUCAAGAUACUAUAAAAGCUCCUUAUCCUUUACAAGUUGAAAGAUGGCUAAGAAAAGAAUUUUAUGCAAUGGAAAAUUCAAGGGAAACAGUUACUUUAAAAGAUAUAAAAGCAUUUUUACCUAGAGUUAAUUGUAAAACAGCAACGAAUAAACUUAGGGAACUUUUUCAAGAAAUAGAUACAAGAAACAGAAAUGAACUUGGCUUUGAUGAUUUUGUUGCACUUUAUCAUAAACUCAUCUUUGAUCAAAGUAAUCUUACAGAUUGGAGUAAAUUACUUAAUUAUUCUAAAACGGGACAGAUUGUUACAGUACAAGAGUUCCAAAAUUUUCUAAUAACUGAACAACAAGACCCUUUAGGAAAUAAUGAGGUUGAAGUAUCAUGUUUCAUUAGAGAUUAUUUACAAGAUCCUCAAAGGGAUGUACAGGAACCACACUUUACGUUCUCGGAGUUUAUCGAUUUCCUGUUUUCGAAACAAAAUUCCAUAUGGGAUUCAAAAUAUUCGCGAAUUUAUCAGGAUAUGACUAAACCUCUUGCACAUUAUUGGAUAGCGUCAUCACAUAAUACAUACUUAAUGGGAGAUCAAAUUAGCAGUGAAAGUAGUUGUCAAGCUUAUGUUCGCGCGUUAAGAGCUGGAUGUAGAUGUAUAGAACUUGAUUGUUGGGAUGGGCCAGAUGGAAUGCCCUUUAUUUUUCAUGGGCACACACUCACUACAAAGAUUAAAUUUUUAGAUGUUAUUAAAACCAUCAAAGAGCACGCUUUUGCUACCUCUGAUUAUCCUGUCAUUUUAUCCAUUGAGGAUAAUUGUACUUUACCACAACAACGUAAAAUGGCAAUUACAAUGCAAGAUGUAUUUGGUGAUAUGUUAUUAGUUCAACCUGUAGAUAAAAAUGAAACUUCUUUACCAUCACCACAUGCACUGAGAAGAAAAAUUAUAUUGAAACAUAAAAAACUACCUGAUGGCGUAGAUGAAACAUCAUUUCUAAUUCGAAAUGAUGAAAGUAGGCAAGAAAUGGAUCUUCGAAAUACAGUUAAAAAUGGCAUUCUUUAUCUUGAAGAUCCUGUUGACAGAGAAUGGAAUCCACAUUUUUUUGUAUUAACACAACAGAAACUAUUCUACACAGAUACAUUUUCUAGAACCCAAGAAACUGAACACGAUGAUGAUGAAGAAACUGUAGUUCGACGACCGACUGAUGGAGUACCGAACGAUGAAUUACAUUUUGGAGAAAAAUGGUUUCACGGUAAAUUAGCAAGAGGAAGAGAAGAAGCAGAAGAAUUACUACGACGUUAUUCGCACCUCGGUGAUGGCACAUUUUUAGUUAGACAGUGUGUUACAUUUGUGGGCGAUUACUGCCUUUCAUUUUGGCGCAAAGGAAAAGUAAAUCAUUGCCGUAUUAAACUGAAACAAGAAAUGGGUCAAACACAAUAUUAUCUGAUUGAUACAAAUUGCUUUGAUAGUUUAUAUAGUUUAAUUACACAUUAUCGCAAUCAUCCAUUAAGAAGUCAAGAAUUUUUAAUCACGCUUCAAGAACCUGUUCCACAACCAAACAAACAUGAAGAAAAAGAAUGGUGGCAUGCUGAAUGUACUCGAACUCUAGCCGAAGAAAUGUUAAAACGAAUUCCUACAGACGGUGCAUUUUUAGUGAGACCAAGUGAAAAAGAAAGCAAUUCUUAUGCUAUAUCUUUUAGAGCAGAGAAAAAAAUUAAGCAUUGCAGGAUUAAACUAGAAGGACGUUUAUAUACUAUUGGUACUGUACAAUUUGAAAGUUUGGUUGAAUUAGUUAAUUAUUAUGAAAGGCACCCGUUAUAUAAAAAAAUUAAAUUAAGCCACCCUGUAAAUCAAGAUGUUAUUAGAAAGAUGGAAUUGGAUAUAGAUGAUGGAUCUGUUUAUGGCAUUCCUGGUUAUAUGGACCCUACUAGUUUUACGUCAAAAGUGACUGUAAAAGCUAUAUAUGAUUAUAAAGCAAGGAGGGAUGAUGAAUUAACAUUAGUAAAACAUGCUAUAAUAACAAAUGUACAUCGACAAAGUGGUGGUUGGUGGCGAGGAGACUACGGCGGUAAAAAGCAACAUUGGUUUCCUGCUAGUUACGUGGAAGAAAUAAAACCGCAAGAAAGCCAAGGAGAUUCAGCAGAUUCUAUGAUGUUUGGUAGCCUACAAAAAGGCUCGUUAGACAUUAUGGGUGCUGUGGUUGAAUUAAGAGUAGGGGGUCGAUCUGGAUUAGAAUGGAUACUAAGAAUACAAAAUCCAAGUAUGUGUUCAGUAUUUGAAGUAGCAACUUCUUCAAAAGAUACAGCACUAGAAUGGAUGUCCAGUAUUAAAGAAACUGCUCAAAAUGCCAGUGUUAGAGAAAAUCAACACAAAGAAAUGGAACGUGCAUGGAGAAUAGCUAAAGAAAUGUCUAAUCUAAUAGUUUAUUGUAGAUCCGUCGCAUUUAAUUUAGACAGAAUAAAAACAAAAGGUUUUGUAUUUAAUGAAAUGAGUAGCUUCCCUGAGACAAAAGCUGAGAAACUUAUGUGUCAGCAAGAAAACAAGUUUUUUAUAAAAUAUCAUCAGAUUCAAUUUAGCAGAGUAUAUCCGAAAGGACAACGUAUCGAUUCAUCAAAUUAUAAUCCUGUGCCAAUGUGGAAUGCUGGUUGUCAGAUGGUAGCACUGAAUUAUCAAACUGGUGAUAAAUCAAUGCAGCUUAAUCAGGCAAAAUUUAAAGAAAACGGCAGUUGUGGUUAUAUUUUAAAACCGGAAUUCAUGUUUAGAGAUGAUUUUAAUCCGUAUGAUAAAAACUGUUUACAUGGAAUAGAAUCACUUAAGUUUUCUUUAAAAGUUAUUGGUGCAAGACAUUUAAUUAGGUCAGGAAGAGGUAUAGCUAGCCCUUUCAUUGAAAUUGAAAUUAUAGGAGCUGAUUUUGAUUCUGGUAUAAAAUUAACAACGAGAACAAUACCUGAUAAUGGAUUUAACCCCACGUGGAAUGAAUCUUGCGAUUUCGAAGUUUUUAAUCCAAACUUCGCCUUCAUACGAUUCAUUGUGCAGGAUGAAGAUAUGUUUGGUGAUAGUAAUUUUAUUGGACAAGCCACUUAUUCUGUCCGAUGUUUACGACCAGGAUAUAGAAGCAUCCCAUUAAAAAAUAAUUAUAGUGAAGAUCUUGAACUCGCAUCAUUAUUGAUACAUCUUCGAAUUACAUCUUCAGCCACACAUUCACAUAGUUUGUGAAACCAAUACUAAAUUACAGACUUUAAGGUGUUUGAUACCAGAGAUG